UCUCCCCCGCCCCCCCAGCCCCCACUCCCCCCCCCUGCUGCUCCCCCCCUCCCUACCCGGACUCCGGGGGCACCGCCGGGGGACAGACACCCAGCAGGUUCCCCCAGGCACCAUGCCAGCCCCGUAGUACCGGCCCCCCCCCCCCACCGUGGUCUGCUGCACCCCACCACUGGGGCACUGGUUCCAAUGAGACAGGGCACAUCAAAUUCCAUCUGGCUGUUACUGAGGCGGAGACACGGGUGAUGAUUGGCUUUCUGGCGAGAGGGGAAGUCCUGUGAUUGGCCGGAUCUCAGGAGCUCGCCGACGCCGUGCGAGGACGCUCCCACGGAGGCCGGAAUUGGCUGUGAAGGGCCCUGGGUGGCCGUCUGGGGGCAGUGGGCACUCCUGUCAGAGCGGCUGGAGCGGGACCGUCGCCCCAGAGAGCUGGGGCAGGGGGCCGUGCCCGAUCUCCAGGGCUCCUGGGGCCACUGCUGACCUGGCUGGAUGCAUCGGGCAGUGGACCCUCCAGGGGCCCGCGCUGCACGGGAAGCCUUUGCCCUCGGGGGCUUGAGCUGUGCUGGGGCCUGGAGCUCCUGCCCGCCCCAUCCCCCUCCUCGAAGCGCAUGGCUGCCUGGAGGCAGGUGCUCUGCCAGCAUCGGGCAGCCCCCACUCUCUGCUCCCCUACCCCCUUCACAUGGCAGUAGCUCUGGACACCCCAACAAACCGUAUUAUGCUCCAGGGACCCCCGCCCCGAGACCCCUCCACGGGAAGCUGGAAUCCCUGCAUGGCUGUGUGCAGGCACUGCUCCGAGAGCCGGCCCAGCCGGGGCUGUGGGAGCAGCUGGGGCAGCUAUACGAGUCUGAGCACGACAGCGAGGAGGCCAUUCGCUGCUAUCACAGUGCCCUUCGAUACGGAGGAAGCUUGGCUGAGUUGGGGCCCCGCAUCGGCCGACUACAGCAGGCCCAGUUCUGGAACUUUCACGCCGGCUCCUGCCAGCACCGAGCCAAGGUCCUGCCCCCCCUGGAGCAAGUGUGGAACUUGCUGCACCUUGAGCACAAGCGGAACUAUGGGGCCAAGCGGGGCGGUCCCCCCGUGAAGCGAGCCGCUGAGCCCCCAGUGGUGCAGCCCGUGCCUCCUGCGGCGCUCUCAGGCCCCUCGGGGGACGAGGGCCUCAGCCCCGGGGGCAAGCGCAGGAGAGGCUGCGGCUCUGAGCAGACUGGCCUUCCCCCGGGGCUGCCGCUGCCCCCGCCGCCACUGCCCCCACCGCCCCCGCCGCCCCCCCCGCCGCCGCCCCCACCCCUGCCUGGCCUCGCCACUAGCCCUCCAUUUCAGCUGAGCAAGCCAGGGCUGUGGAGCGCCCUGCAUGGAGAUGUCUGGGGCCCCGAGCGCAAGGGUUCGGCCCCCCCGGAGCGCCAGGAGCAGCGGCACUCGCUGCCUCACCCGUAUCCGUACCCGGCUCCGGCCUACGCCGCGCACCCCCCUGGCCACCGGCUGGUCCCGGCCGCACCCCCCGGCCCAGGCCCCCGCCCCCCAGGAGCAGAGAGCCAUGGCUGCCCGCCUGCCACCCGUCCCCCCGGAAGUGACCUUAGAGAGAGCAGAGUUCAGAGGUCGCGGAUGGACUCCAGCGUUUCACCAGCAGCAACCACCGCCUGCGUGCCUUACGCCCCUUCCCGGCCCCCUGGCCUCCCCGGCCCCACCAGCAGCAGCAGUAGCAGCAGCAGCAACAACACCGGUCUCCGGGCCGCGGAGCCGAGCCCAGGCAUUCCCGGCGCUGAUCAUUACCAAACUCCCGCGCUGGACGUCUCCUCUCACCAAGGCCGCCUGGGGCCCUCGGCACACAGCAGUCGGAAACCGUUCCUGGCGGCUCCCGCUGCCACUCCUCACCUGUCCCUGCCGCCCGGCCCCCCCUCGCCGCCUCCGCCGCCCUGUCCCCGCCUCUUACGCCCUCCGCCCCCCCCUGCCUGGCUGAAGGGCCCGGCCUGCCGGGCAGCCCGCGAGGAUGGGGAGAUCUUCGAGGAGCUCUUCUUUGGGUCUGAGGGACGCCCCCGCCCUCCCCCACCACCCCUCCCCCACCGCGAGGGCUUCUUGGGGCCUCCGGCUCCCCGCUUUUCUGUGGGCACUCAGGAUUCGCACACCCCUUCGACUCCCCCAGCCACCAGCAGCAGCAACCAUGGCAGCCACGGCAGCAGCCCCACAGGGCCCGUGUCCUUCCCCCCGCCUCCCUACCUGGCCAGAAGUUUGGACCCCCUUCCCCGGCCCCCCAGCCCCAGUCUGAGCCCCCAGGACCCGCCUCUCGCGCCCUUGACUCUCGCCCUGCCUCCAGCUCCUCCCUCCUCCUGCCACCAAAAUACCUCAGGAAGCUUCAGGCGCCCGGAGAGCCCUCGGCCCAGGGUCUCCUUCCCAAAGACCCCCGAGGUGGGGCCGGGCCCCCCCCCAGGCCCCUUGAAUAAAGCCCCCCAGCCUGUGCCGCCCAGGGUCGGGGAGCUGCCUGCCCGAGGCCCGCGGCUCUUCGAUUUUCCCCCUACCCCGCUGGAGGACCAGUUUGAGGAGCCGGCGGAGUUCAAGAUCCUCCCCGAUGGGCUGGCCAACAUCAUGAAGAUGCUGGACGAAUCCAUUCGCAAGGAGGAGGAACAGCAACAGGAGGCGGGCGCAGCCCCCCCGCCCCCGCUGAAGGAGCCCUUUUCGUCUCUGCAGCCUCCGUUCCCUAGUGACACAACCCCGGCCGCCACUGCCACCGCCGCCCAGGAAGAGGAGAAGAAGCCACCACCAGCCCUGCCGCCACCGCCGCCUCUAGCCAAGUUUCCUCCGCCGCCCCCGCUCCCCCCACCGGCCGGCCCGGCCAGCCUGCUCAAGUCCUUGGCCUCCGUGCUGGAAGGACAGAAGUACUGUUACCGGGGGACUGGAGCUGCCCUCGCCACCCGGCCCGGGCCCUUGCCCGCCACUCAGUAUUCGCCAGGCCCCCCAUCAGGUGCUACCGCCCCGCCGCCCGCCUCGGCGGCCCCUAGCGCCCAGGGCUCCCCGCAGCCCUCCGCUCCCUCGGCAUCUCACUUCUCUACCUCAGGCGGGCCCUGGGCCCGGGAGCGCGGGGCGGGCGAAGAGCCGGCCCCGGGCCCCAUGACCCCCGCCCCGCCGCCCCCACCCCUGCCUCUGCCCCCUGCUCGGUCUGAGUCUGAGGUGCUAGAAGAGAUCAGUCGGGCUUGUGAGACCCUUGUGGAGCGGGUGGGCCGGAGCGCCACGGACCCGGCAGGCCCGGUGGACACGGCGGGCCCGGUGGACACGGCAGGCCCGGUGGACAGUGGGACCGAGCGGCUGCUGCCUCCCGCCCAGGCCCGCGAGGAGAGUGGCGGGGUGGCGGCGGCGGCGGCGGCAGGACCAGGCAGCAGCAGCAAGCGGCGGCAGAAAGAGCACCAGAAGGAGCACCAGAAGGAGCACCGGCGGCACAGGCGGGCCUGUAAGGACAGCGUGGGUCGGCGGCCCCGAGAGGGCAGGGCAAAGACCAAGGCCAAGGCCCCCAAAGAAAAGAGCCGCCGGGUGCUGGGCAACCUGGACCUGCAGAGCGAGGAGAUCCAGGGUCGCGAGAAGGCCCGGCCCGAUCUUGGCGGGGCCUCCAAGGCCAAGCCACCCACGGCUCCUGCCCCUCCACCGGCCCCCGCGCCCCCUGCCCAGCCCACAGCGCCCUCGGCUCCCAUUCCCGGGAAGAAGGCUCGCGAGGAAGCACCAGGGCCACCAGGUGUCAGCCGGGCUGACAUGUUAAAGCUGCGCUCACUCAGCGAAGGGCCCCCCAAGGAGCUGAAGAUCCGCCUCAUCAAGGUGGAGAGUGGGGACAAGGAGACCUUUAUCGCCUCCGAGGUGGAGGAGCGGAGGCUGCGCAUGGCGGACCUCACCAUCAGCCACUGCGCUGCUGACGUCGUGCGUGCCAGCAAGAAUGCCAAGGUGAAAGGGAAGUUUCGAGAGUCCUACCUUUCCCCUGCCCAGUCUGUGAAACCGAAGAUCAACACUGAGGAGAAGCUGCCCCGGGAAAAACUCAACCCGCCCACACCCAGCAUCUAUCUGGAGAGCAAACGGGACGCCUUCUCACCUGUGCUGCUGCAGUUCUGCACAGACCCUCGGAAUCCCAUCACCGUGAUCCGGGGCCUGGCGGGCUCCCUGCGGCUCAACUUGGGCCUCUUCUCCACCAAGACGCUGGUGGAGGCGAGCGGCGAGCACACGGUGGAGGUGCGUACCCAGGUACAGCAGCCUUCGGACGAGAACUGGGACCUGACGGGCACGCGGCAGAUCUGGCCUUGUGAGAGCUCCCGCUCGCACACCACCAUCGCCAAGUACGCGCAGUACCAGGCCUCGUCCUUCCAGGAGUCCCUGCAGGAGGAGAAGGAAAGCGAGGAUGAGGAGUCAGAGGAGCCCGACAGCACCACGGGGACCCCUCCUAGCAGCGCGCCAGACCCGAAGAACCAUCACAUCAUUAAGUUCGGCACCAACAUCGACCUGUCUGAUGCCAAGCGGUGGAAACCCCAGCUACAGGAGCUGCUGAAGCUGCCCGCCUUCAUGCGGGUCACCUCCACGGGCAACAUGCUGAGCCACGUGGGCCACACCAUCCUGGGCAUGAACACCGUGCAGCUGUACAUGAAGGUUCCCGGCAGCCGAACGCCAGGCCACCAGGAGAACAACAACUUCUGCUCCGUCAACAUCAACAUCGGCCCUGGCGACUGCGAGUGGUUUGCGGUGCACGAGCACUACUGGGAGACUAUCAGCGCCUUCUGCGACCGGCACGGCGUGGACUACCUGACUGGUUCCUGGUGGCCAAUCCUGGAUGACCUCUAUGCUUCCAAUAUCCCCGUGUACCGCUUCGUGCAGCGCCCCGGAGACCUGGUGUGGAUUAACGCGGGCACCGUGCACUGGGUGCAGGCCACCGGCUGGUGCAACAACAUUGCCUGGAACGUGGGGCCCCUCACCGCCUAUCAGUACCAGCUGGCCCUGGAACGAUACGAGUGGAACGAGGUGAAGAACGUCAAGUCCAUCGUGCCCAUGAUUCACGUGUCCUGGAACGUGGCUCGCACGGUCAAAAUCAGCGACCCGGACCUGUUCAAGAUGAUCAAGUUCUGCCUCCUGCAGUCCAUGAAGCACUGCCAGGUGCAGCGCGAGAGCCUGGUGCGGGCCGGGAAGAAGAUCGCCUACCAGGGCCGGGUCAAGGACGAGCCCGCCUACUACUGCAACGAGUGCGACGUGGAGGUGUUCAACAUCCUGUUCGUGACCAGCGAGAACGGCAGCCGCAACACGUACCUGGUGCACUGCGAGGCGUGCGCGCGGCGGCGCAGCGCGGGCCUGCAGGGCGUGGUGGUGCUGGAGCAGUACCGCACCGAGGAGCUGGCGCAGGCCCCCGCCAGCGCGUCGCGAUGA